AAAGAGUUUCGAGGUUGGAGCUCCAUUUAUAAAUUACGCACGGCAUGCUGCCACAACGAGUAGAAUGUUUUCCGAGUGUGUGAGAAAGUGUGACUGAGAGAGAGACAAAAGCAUCUCUCGAACAACUCGAACCUUCAGUGUUCAAACUUGAAUCAGUCGAGUCUUUCUCGUCAGCCAGCCCGUAAGUUUUCGCAGUAUCGAGGAAUCUCAAAUUUCAUUCUCAUUUUAAUGAAUUCGAUGUCACGAGUGACAAUCGUGAAGGACAAACGUGGGCGAUUUUCGUUUUCACGACUCGUCAAAACCGUAAAUUUUUUAAAAGAAUAAACAGACAUAAACAGAUUUUUCUACGUCGCUGGUGCUGCUGCAAAUCGCGCAGAUAUCCGCAGCAGAAUGGAACUACUCGUGCCAACCGUCUCCGAUAUCGUUUUCAAAUAUUCCUGGCCAAUCGAACACUACAAAAAGACAAUAGCGAAAAGCAGCUUGAUCGACAGCCUGCCCUUCGACGUUAAUGUCAACGGUAUUCGUAGCUCGUGGAACUUGUCGAUAAGAUUCUGGAAAGGACCCGAAGGAAAGAGGAUAACGAACCCCGUAGUUCUCUGUCUGAAUAUGCUGAGCUGCACAGUCGAGGAAAUCGAACAGGCGACGAUCAGAUUUCAAUUUGCCAUUUACAAUAGCGAACUCGACCACUGGGAAUAUUGCCAAGUUAGCCGGACCAUUAUCGAGCUCAAAUCAACUUCCGACAUAAUUUCACUGGGAUACAGAGAUUUGUCGAUAGUCGACAGACACAUUAAGAAAAGUGGAGAAGUUUUGGUGAUGGUAAAGAUUCAGAUAAUUCAAUACGAGAUCGAGAAGCACAGUUUGUCUCAGGACAUGGCGAGGCUGCUGAAACACCCGAGGGCAGCAGAUACAAAAUUAAUAUGCGGGGGAACGAGUGGAACGGAAAUUCCCGUCCACGGUAGCGUGAUUGCAGCGCGAAGCAACAUUCUCGCAGACAUGAUGGUGCCUCUGGCGGAAAAAGAGACAGAAAAAAAGGCUCAAGCCGAAGCUGCCUCAAAGUCUGAGACGAGAGAUGAAAAAGAGGACAAAAGAGAGGAGAAUGGAGUCGCUGAUGUUCCCUACAAAUAUGCCCUCCAACUGGAAGACAUUUCUCCGGAUAUUAUGCAAGAAUUAUUGCGUUACAUUUACAGCGAUCGCGUCGACAAUCUCGAUGCCAUCGCCAAUCAACUUCUAUCCUUGGCAGAGAGAUUCCAGUUACAAGGAUUGAAAGAAGCCUGCGAGAGAAAUCUCAUUGAAUCAAUCACUCCGGAAAACGUUGCUAAUCUUCUGCUAAUGUCCGACGAAUUUGGUUGUGGGUCUUUGAAACGAGCCAGCAUCGUUUAUUGCGAGGAGCACGCAAUGAACAUAAGCAAAAGCUUUGCCUGGAAAGUCAUGGAGCACGUGAACCCGGAAUUAUUCAACGAAGUAUGCGAAGGAGGAAUGGGAAGCUCACGAUCGAGUAAUAUCGAUGACAGCGAAUUGAGCAACUGACGAUUCACGUCGGUAGCAUGUUAAUUAAAGCAGGAAAUAAAUGAAGGGAGUUGAAAUGAAAAAAA